AUGAAAAUUCCACACGGUUACGACAAAGGGGGAGGAACGAAGGUGUGUCGGUUGAGAAAGUCAUUAUAUGGUUUGAAACAAGCUUCGAGAAACUGGUAUCAAAAAUUUAAGCCAGCUCUUCUCGAACUUGGUUUCAAGCAGUCCUUUGCGGAUCACUCACUCUUUACGUACAAAAAAGGAGAGGUGUUCGUUGGUGCACUCAUAUACGUCGAUGAUGUCAUUAUAGUGGGAAAUGACCAACAGAAAAUACAAGACACAAAAACCCAUCUUGACACAAAAUUUAGCAUCAAGGAUCUCGGGCCUCUUAAAUACUUUCUUGGUAUCGAAGUUGCGCGUACGAAGGAUGGUUUAGUACUUAGUCAACGAAAAUACACUUUAGAUAUUCUGGAGGAUAGUGGAAUGCUAGGGUGUAAACCAUGUUCCUUCCCCAUGGAACAAAACGUGAAACUCGAAGAUGAUAGUGAAGACAUUCGUGUGGAUGCUAACAUGUACAAAUGGUUGGUUGGAAGAUUACUUUAUCUCCAAGCCACAAGACCGGAUCUGACAUACUGGGUAAAUGUCCUUAGCCAGUUUGUGUCUGACCCCCGUCAAAACCAUUUGGAUGCAGCCAUGAGAGUUCUUCGGUACCUAAAGGCAACACCGGGACAAGGUAUCCUUUUUCCUAAAAAUGGAGGCACAAAAUUGGUCACGUAUUGUGAUGCCGACUGGUUAGGAUGCCCCUUCACAAGGAGAUCACGAACGGGAUAUCUUCUUCUCUUGGGGGGAGCACCCAUCUCAUGGAAGUCCAAGAAACAAUCCGUGGUUUCUCGCUCCUCAGCUGAAGCCGAAUACCGAGCUAUGGCAACCACCACUAGUGAAAUUUUAUGGAUGCGAUGGCUCCUAAAGGGUCUUGAAGCCGAGCAAAUUGGACCUACACCUCUCUAUUGUGACAACCAAGCGGCGCGACACAUCGCCAAUAACCCGGUUUUUCAUGAGCGAACAAAACACGUAGAGAUGGAUUGUUAUUUUGUCAAGGAACGAGUUACCUCUCAAGAAAGAAAUUGA